AUGCCAAUAGAACAAAGACCAUAUAGUAAUACAUUACAUCAAAGUGGUGAAAGAAAAGCUGUUAUUAAAUAUGUUGAAAUGAGUAAAGAAAUGCAACAAGAUGCUGUACAAACUGCUGCAAUGGCUAUGGAUAAAUAUAAUGAUGAUAAAGAUAUUGCAUUAUUUUUAAAAAAAGAAUUUGAUCGUAAAUAUGAACCAACAUGGCAUUGUAUUAUUGGAAGUAAAUUCUCAAGUUAUGUAACGCAUAUAAAACAAUUCUGUAUUUACUUUUCAUUGGAAGAUCGUGGAGUUCUUCUUUUCAAAACCGUAUGA